GAGAGCCGCCCUUUUGUUCGGCUGGCCCGAAUUGGUUGAACCGGUUUUGAAUAUUUUUUUUAUGUCGAUUGUGUUGUCUACCUUGGGUGAUCAAAUUGGGCAAUGGCAGAGAGCACGAAGGGUAAAGACACUCUGAUUUUCAUUUCCUCUUCUGAAGAAGAAGAAGAAGAAGAAGAAGAAGAAGAAGAAGAAGUAGGAGAAGAUGAAGUAUCCGACGACAGUGAACAUGACGAAGAAGAAGAAGAAAAAGAAGAAGACGAUGACUAUGACUAUGACUAUGAUGAUGAUGGUGAUAAGCAGUCCGAUAUCGACGAAGAAGAGGACAAUGACUGCGACGAUGAGUCCCUAUGCAAUAAAGUCGCUCGCCUUCUUAAAGAGCGCUGUGAUUUAGAUUGUUUAACACUGAAAGAGUGCAAAGCAUAUUUACGGAUCAAUGCCCUCAGAUUAACCGGGAUUAAAACGGUCUGCAUACACAGGAUUAAGGAACAUUGGAGGUUAAAAGAUGGGAAUGGUGAAGCACUUUAUCCUAGACAAUCCUUUUUCAUCAAUUGUACUGGUGAUGUCUGUAAGGGAGAUGUUGUUUUGUUUACACAAAAAGUUUAUGAGAACAGGUUUGAUAAAGUGACAAGACAUGGGAGGGUUCUGGGGAAGAGAAUCGUUGCUGGAAGAGUUGUUAAGGAAAGCUAUGGUGCAAACAAACAACAACAUACUUUUACGGUUGAAGUCCUGUGGAGCAAGGGAUUUAAGAAGUUACCUCCACUCUUUCCUUUACUUGUGAAGGGUCGUAAUCUCUACAAAUUAAAGACUUUCCGACAGCGUUGGGACAAUGAAGAAGAAAGACUAAAAGUGCUUGCUGAAAAGCACAAACGAGGUUUUGAAGCAAGGCUUGCAAGAGCAACGAAGCAAAAGAAGAAAUGGACGGAAAAUGGAGGUGCAAAGCGCGCUAAAAAAUUCGAUUCUACGAGACCAUCUCAAAUGAAAAGAAGCACAGAAUCAAGAGAGAGGGAUUUUGAUAGACUUGAAAAAGCUAAGUCCCUGGGAUUUGUAAGUUCUGAUAAUCAUCGUCGACGUCAAGACAUCUUCCCUGUGAGACAUAGAAAUCAAAAUGCAAUGCCUAGAGGAUCAAGAUGUUCUAGGGGGCAUAAAAAAUCCUUCCACCGGAAUAGAAGAGUUACAACUUCUUAAUCAUGCUUUAAUUCUCCUCAAAUUCAUCAGCAAUCCCAAAUAGAAUCUGAAUACAGGAGAGUAAGGAAUGUUCCUUACCCAGUUCUUAGGUCUGAAAGGGGUUCCAUUUGGGACAGACCCAACUUUUUUUUGUGGGUUUAGGCGAUAAAGAGAAAUGAGGAGGUUUUUUUUUUUUUUUUUAAUAUUAUUAUACAGUACUUUUUAUUAAAGGAUAUAUGUGUAUUUAGAUUAAUUUUUCUUGUUUGCUUGAAAUUCAGGGAGAUGUUUGAUUUGAAGAAGGCGGUUUGCUUUUACACUCUCCUUAAAAAGGAUGUCAAAUUAUCUCUUUUCUUUUUUCUUUUUUUUUUUUCUUUUUUUUUUCAAUUUUAUGCUAGUAAAGAAUGUAAGUUUUAAUGUAAUGGACCACCUGUAUAUUGAAA